GCCCCGGCGUUCGUAUCGCGCGUCGCGUCACAAUGGAUUGUGCUGUGUGACAUGUGCAUCUGAGUUGGUGUAUUUGUAUUUCUGUGACGUUCCCGCUGUGCGUGAAAGCAUGAUGCCUCUCGCACCGACCCCUGUGGUGGCGGUGCCAUCGAAGCCGAAAAUCGGAUUCAGCAUAGACAGUAUCGUUGGGGGUUCUGAUAGGUCGCGGCAGGCGUCGCCGCCGCUGGCGAGCCCCGGGUCUCCGUCGCCGGUUGCCUCUCCGAGGAGUCCCUCGCCGCGUCCCCUGCUCCGGCCGAGCGCUUUGCCAGCCGUGUUCCCAUCUCCGGAGCUGAAGAGGCUUCCGUACCUCGACGCCCAGAGUCACCACCACCAGUUCUUGGCGCAUUUCCAAGGAGCGGCGCUGGCGGCAGCUUUGGCCCAUCAGCAGCAAGGUUUCGGUGCUCCCCUACCGCCGCACCCGCCGCCGCACCCCGCCGGGCCGGUACCCAGAGAGUCUUACCAGCUCUACCCCUGGCUGAUCAACAGGCACGGAAGGUUGUUCCCGCACAGGUUUCCUGGAGGUCCAGACAUCCCGGGGUUCCUCCUGCAGCCGUUCAGGAAACCGAAGCGGAUCCGGACGGCGUUCUCUCCGUCUCAACUCCUCAAGCUCGAGCACGCCUUCGAGAAGAAUCAUUACGUGGUCGGAGCCGAGAGGAAGCAGCUCGCGCAGGCGUUGAGCUUAACCGAAACUCAGGUAAAAGUCUGGUUCCAAAACAGAAGAACGAAGCACAAACGUAUGCAGCAAGAGGAAGAAGCAAAGAGUGGCAAGUCCGGUUCUUCCUCUAAACCCGAAGACGGAAGCCAACUGAAUAACUCCUACGAGGAAGACGAGGAGCUCAUCGACAUGGACAUGGACGAACUAAGUGAGAGUGAGAAUGAGACGUAGGAGUGCAGUGAUAUUGUAAAUAGAACUAGAAUUUAGUAUUUAUUUUUAGCGUCUUAAAUCCAAUCGGUGGAUAGUUUAAGAGGUUCCCUUUGCUCAAAUUAUGAGCUGUUAAAAAAUACACGUAAAUUUUUUUUCGUAGGUAUUCAAUUGUAAGUAAGUUCUAAUAUCUUCCGUUUCUUUGUUUUUAACAGUUUUAGAACGUUCCUUUUCAUUCCUAAUAAUUAAUUACAUCUAUUUUUGAACUGAAGUAGGUUAACAUGAUAUUGUGUUUUCAAUUUCACAAUAAUUUGUUUCUUUGGAAACUGUAAGCAACGGCUUGGCAGUGUCACUGGUAUUGCUAAAGGUGACCAUUCAUGUAGAUCGUAUGCUCUUUUUACAAAGGAAAUUAAGAAAAAAAAUCACAUCACAAUAUAUUAUCUGUGAAAAUACAAAUUGAAAAUUUUGACUUAAAUGAGAUUUCAAAACAUGAUUGUUCUUUUAAGUAAGAAAGUAUUUCCUAUGAAUGGCUUGCUUCUACCGUUACUCACGCUUAUUAUAAAUAUUUAGUCCUUUAAUCGAUCUCCCAGGAUCACUUCAGUAAUUCACUAAUUAACUUAUUAAAUGUAAUAAUCUCAAAACUCCAAAGUGAAGCUAAAUAAAAAUACUUAAAAUUUUACUGUAGUUCAUUUCAAAACGAGCUCCCCAAAAACCACCAGAAACUAAUUGGAAUCGCUUUUACAACCUCAAAUAAAGCCAGGGCAGUAAAUAAAAAUUAAAAAAAAAAGUCGAUAAUUUAUCUAAAUUUAAAAACGACUAAACAUUAACAGCAUUCAAAAUGGCGCCUGGUUCCUCGUUAGCGCUUCACGGUUUAUUAGAUAACGAAAUUGCCUUUAUUAUAAUAGUUUUGAGGUUAAAUUAAUUAAAAAUUAUUCUUUUUCGACCAUCCCCUCGGGCGAUGGAGCUAUAAUUAGACAUUUUAGAUUUGAAAUACCGAUACGCAGCGAGGUUUUCAAGCGGGCUGUCAAAUAGAACGGAACGCGUAUAUACAGCGGUGCGUUGUCAGAGCGAGAAAGGUAUGUCGGAGGCCUGUUAUUAAGAGAUGAAUUCAAAAAGGUAUCUCCGGUUAGAAUCGCGUCGGGUAAUUGCCGUGGACGUAACCAAAUUGUUUUAAUACGGACGAUUGUUCUUUAAGACUAUUUGUCUACGAGUUUGUGGUGUUUUAGAUAAGGAUCUUGAAUUUCAAUGCUUUCUUUGAAGCGCUCGAUACCAUUGUUAUUUUUUUUUUGACACUGGUAAUGCGUGACUUUUUUGUUGUGGCAACAUUCGUUUGUUGAUAUUUGUGAACAAGUCAAACUCGUCACAUAAAUUUUAAAAGGCAUCAAUAACGACAUUAUGUAAUUAAGAUAAGAAAACGAUCUAAUUUUUAAAAUUUCGGUUAAUUUAGUUACUCCCCCAGUCAUUGACAAUGACAAUAAAUUAUC